AAAUACGUCAUCAAGAUGGUCAGCCAUUUCUUGGACGGGAUUGAAACUAAUGUAAUGGAAGAGUUCAUUAUUGAAUCUGAAGAGUCGAUGGAUCUGUUUGAUAGCAUGCUAGCUGUGGGAGGGAGAAAAUCCUUGAUGUUUUUCUUUCAAGAAUGUCGUGAUGAAGCGACAGAGGCCCGUGCCCGUGCGAUAAUGCAAACUCCAAAGUCUUCCAAAGCAUUCACCCUUCACCUCACAGAUGGCUUGCAAGAGGGGCUAAAGGGAAUCGUGGUAUAUUGCAUAAGGAAUGACAACAAAAGGGAAGUGAAGUUGAGAACGAUCGGUGAGGAUCUAUCGUUUGGAGUGAUUGACUUAACGCAAAAGGGAUUGAUCCAGGCGAUAAAAAACCAUUUGACUGCUGUAUACGUGCCUGCCAUACAAGCGAUGGAAAGGUGGGGUGACUUGAGCGAUACUCCACAGGGAGAAGAAACCAAAAAAGAAUUCUUGGACUCACUUGACUCCUUUGUGCAGUUCACUGACAGUGCAACUGCUAGCGCAGAAAUGGCCGUGGUCUUACAUCCCUGCGAAGCCGUUGACUUCAGUGAGUGUGAGACGCACGCGGACUAUCAGGAAAUCGCAGCAAAUCAAGAAACGGUUGCCAAGCUUGAAGAACUGGUAGAAUGUUGGUGCAAACAGAUAGAACAGGUGUUGGCAGAAAGCGAGCAAAUGCGGCGAGAAGCCGAUGAUACAGGACCUAUGGCAGAACUCGAACACUGGAAAAUGAGAAUGGCAAAGUUUAAUUCACUAGUGGAGCAGAUCAAAAGUCCUGCKAUUCGUGCUGUGAUUAAAACCCUUCAGUUAGCUAAAUCUAAAGUCUUGAAGGUAUGGAAGAAGCUAGACUGUCGCAUUACUGACGCAGCCAAUGAAUCUAAAGAUAACGUCAAGUACCUCUACACGUUAGAGAAGGCCUGUGAACCACUGUACCGCGCUAACCCGGCUGGAAUGAUCGAGUGCAUCGCAGUGCUCAUCAAUUCUAUUCAAAUGAUCCACGCCAUAUCAAGAUACUACAACACACCACAGCRGAUGACAGCGCUAUUUAUCAAGGUGACCAAUCAGAUGGUUCGAGCGUGCAAGAACUUUGUGACUGACAGAGGAAUGACACGCGUCUGGGACCAACCUCGUCAGCCACUCAUAGAGAAGCUGAAGAUAUGCCUGCAUCUCAACGAGGCGUACCAGACAUGCUUUCAGAAGACCAAAGUGAGGAUCUCUCAGGAUCCAAGUCAAAAGCCUUUUGAGUUUUCUGAGAUGUCGAUAUUUGGGAAGUUUGAUGCCUUUUGUAGAAGAGUGAUCAAGAUCAUCGAGGUCCUGAAUGCAUUGGAAACAUUCUCAGUGCUCUCCAAGUCCAUGAUCGAAGGCAUCGAAUCAAUGGCCUCCAAGUUCAAUCACAUUUAUUCAACGUUACGGAAAAAGCCCUACGACCCACUGGAUCACAGACGACCUGACUUUGUUUCUGAUUUUGCUGAGUUCAAACGCCAGAUCACUGAAUUAGAGAUUCACCUUCAGAACUUCAUGAAUUCAUCGUUUGCGAAGUUCAAGUCCACCUCAAACGCUCUCGACUUGCUAGUUAGAUUUGAGAAGCUUGGAAUUCCAAGACUAGAAGGACCAAUAGAGGCAAAGUAUCAGGAACUGUUGAUGACAUUUGGCAAAGAGAUUGAAGUCGUCCGUAAGAUUUAUGCAGCCAAUUGCAACAACCCUCCAUUAGCACGUGACUUACCUCAGAUCGCAGGCAGCAUCAGUUGGUCUCGACAGUUAAUGAGGCACAUCCGUGAUCCAAUGAACGUGUUUGAGGCACACCCGUCAUGUCUUAAGACUAAAGAGGCUCGAGUCAUCAUCAAGAACUUCAAUCGAAUGGCGACAGUUCUUGUUGAAUUUGAGGUGAUGUAUCAUCGAGCUUGGGUGAAAGAAGUUGAGAUUGCUAAGACUGGGCUACAGGCUUCUCUUCUGGUACGCGAUCCCAACACGCGUGAACUACUUGUAAACUUCGACCCUCAGAUCAUCAAACUCAUGCGUGAAACUGAAUGCAUGAUGAAGAUGAAACUAGAAAUCCCCGAGAAUGCUAAACUAAUGUUCAUGAAACGACACAUCCUCAAGAGGACUGCUGAUGACUUGAAGAUGAUGAUUGAAGAUGUAAAGAAAGUGAAGGACAAGAUUCCAAGUAUCUUCCAACCUCUAAUGUCUCCGCACAUUGAAAGGGUCGAAGCUGCCAUUAGUCCUGGUGUCAUAAUGCUAAACUGGAACUCCUUGAAUAUUCAAGUCUACAUGAAAAACGUAUACACUAGACUUCGGCAAGUUGACUUACUCGUCAAACAGAUAAAUGACAUAAGAGAUGCAAGAAUCGAUGCUGUGUUGGACGAAAUGAGCACCACCACGCUCUGCGAGCUUCCUGGCGAUGAUCCAUGGACGACAGAACAGUUCCUAACAAGAACAAAGAAAACCUGUGCGUCCAUGGGAAAAGUCCUCGAUACACUGAGCUUGCGCGUCGAAGACGCUGUUUACGAAAUCGUGGAUAUUUUCAAGGAGUCACUAAAAGAGAUAGGCAUCACGGAGCUGGGCGCAAAGGCCAAGACGGCUGACAAAGAAAAGGAAAAGAAACAAGACAAUAAAGAGGGCAAGGACAAAGAACCACCGAGAGAGAAGACACCUAAACCCACUGAUGAAAAAACACUGGAAGAAGAGAUAGAAGAGUUGAUAAUGUACUUCAAUCACAGGACGUUUGAAGCACUUCUGAAGUCCACGAGAAGUGCGCUGGAUGGCAUCAAACGACGUGCCUUCUUUGGAAGUAGUGGAACUCCAUCCAGUUACAUCAAGGGGCCUUUCUUCAAGUCAGAAAUCACCUUGGCUAUCCCUCAAGUGAUCAUCCAUCCAUCUUUAGAAGACAUCCAACAAACGCUGAACAAAGCCUCUCAAUCUGUGUUAGAAGUCAGCCGAUCUGUAGCCCAGUGGGGCCAGAAACGAUUCAAAGUUUUCAUGAUCAUGCUAGAAGGAGACAAUCUUCUUGGACACAACAGAAAAACAGAACGAGCUUCAGAAUCUAAAGAAGAACUCCCUGCGACGAAGCUAAAGAACCACUUCAAAAGUGUAUCUGAACACAAAGACAUCACCAAACUGUUGAUGAUCAUAACCUCUUCAAUCAGCUCUACAAAAGCUGAAGUCAUCAAAUGCUUGGAGCAGUUCAACGUUUACCAGCAUAUCUGGGAAGGGGACAAAGAAAAUGUUGUCAAGGCAUUUGCAGCCACCGAUCCUUUGUUGUCAGAAUUCAAGAGCGAGAUCUUGAGAUAUCAGGCACUGGAACAAGAAAUCGAUAAUAUCUCGCCGACGUUUCGUGUUGGUCAUGGUGCUAUCGAGUUAUACUCAGAGUCUUUCAAGAUCGCUUUAUCGGUGGAAACCAAAGCAUGGAAGCUCCUUUUUGGUCACAGUAUCAACGACAAGUAUCGUGUUUGUAUGGAUGAGAUCACACAGUUCUUAUCCGACUACAGUAAACGACUAAGCAGGCCUAUCAACGACCUGGAGGACGUGCGGAGUGCAAUGGCUGCUUUGGAAGAUGUUCGACAGAAUGAGAUUCGAAUCGAUAUGACUCUAGGACCUAUUGAGGAAGCGUACUCCAUGCUGAACAAGUUCGAAGUAGCUGUGGCUCGKGAAGAAGUAGAACGUGUGGAUACGCUUCGCUAUUCCUUUGAAAAGCUUCUCUCACAAGCGAGAGGUGUUCAAAGCCAUUUGGUUGAGAUCCAGCCCAAAUUCAAAUCUGCUCUACUGGACAGUGUGGAAGUAUUCCAACAUGACGUCUUCUGUUUUACCGACGAAUACCUCACGGCUGGACCAAUGGUUAGUGGCAUAUUACCACAAGAAGCUAGCGACAGACUAAGUGUAUUCCAGAGCCGUUUCGAUGCGUUGUGGCGCAAAUUCAUCACUUAUAGUGGCGGAGAACAGUUGUUUGGUCUGGAAGUGACAGAUUACCCAGACAUUGCUCGUAUAAAGAAGGAACUUGGCUUGUUACAAAAGCUCUAUGGCCUGUACAAUGCUGUGAUUGAUGGUGUUAGUGGCUACUAUGAUAUUCUGUGGACUGAGGUGGACAUUGAGAAGAUUAACAGCGAACUCUUGGACUUCCAAAACAGAUGUCGCAAGCUUCCCAAGGCCCUCAAAGAAUGGGAUGCUUUCCUAGAACUGAAAAAGACCGUCGAUGACUUCAGUGAAUCCUGUCCGUUGCUUGAGCUAAUGGCUAACAAAGCAAUGAAAGAACGUCACUGGGAUAGACUAGCCAACCUUACAGGACACAAGUUUGAUGUAGAGAAUGAAAACUUCCAGCUUAGAAACAUCAUGGAGGCACCUCUCCUGAAGCAUAAGGAAGAUAUCGAGGACAUUUGUAUCUCAGCAGUCAAGGAAAAAGACAUUGAAGCUAAGCUUAGUCAAGUAGUAGCUGAAUGGCGCUCCCAGUCAUUUUCCUUUGCCAAUUUCAAGAAUCGCGGCGAACUUCUGCUCAAAGGCGCGGAGACUUCGGAGAUCGUGUCGUUACUGGAAGACAGCUUGAUGAUGUUGAGCUCGUUGCUUAGCAACAGGUAUAACGCUCCUUUCAAGAAGGAAAUCCAGCUGUGGGUCCAAAAGUUGUCCAAUACCUCAGACAUCAUAGAAAACUGGAUGGUAGUGCAGAACCUCUGGGUCUACUUAGAAGCUGUGUUUGUAGGUGGAGACAUUGCUAAACAGCUGCCAAAGGAAGCCAAGCGUUUUGCUAGUAUCGACAAAUCUUGGGUGAAAAUCAUGACACGAGCYCACGAGACAACCAAUGUUGUGAUAUGUUGUGUUGGCGAUGAGACCCUGGGACAGUUACUACCACACUUGCUGGAGCAGCUAGAACUGUGUCAGAAGUCUCUUACCGGAUAUCUUGAAAAGAAGCGUUUAGUAUUCCCGCGGUUUUUCUUCGUGUCAGAUCCCGCUUUGUUGGAGAUUCUUGGUCAGGCUAGCGACUCUCACACCAUACAGGCUCACCUUCUCAACGUGUUUGACAACGUAAAAACUGUUGAGUUCCAUGAUAAAGACUACGACAGGAUUCUGGCUAUUGUGUCCUSUGAAGGAGAAACUGUACAGCUUGAAAACCCAGUAAUGGCYAAAGGUAACGUGGAAGUAUGGCUGGGUGAGCUAUUAAACAUGGCCAUGGCGUCGCUACAUGGUGUSAUCAGGGAUGCCUACCAUGCGAUCAACGAGCCGUCUUUUGCCUUGAUGUCUUUCAUGAAUUCAUUUCCUGCGCAGGUCGGGUUACUAGGCAUCCAAAUGAUAUGGACAAGAGAUGCGGAAGAGGCGUUGAAGCAUGCCCGUCAAGACAAGAAGAUCAUGGCAACAACCAAUCAGAAGUUCCUCAAYAUCCUCAACUCUCUUAUUGACGUAACCACACAAGAACUGACCAAGAUGGAAAGAACGAAGUUUGAGACCCUUGUCACUAUCCACGUGCAUCAGAGAGACAUCUUUGACGAUCUGGUCAAGAUGCACAUUCGUUCUGUAACAGAUUUCGAAUGGCUAAAACAGUCCCGUUUCUACUUCAAAGACGACAUYGAUGACUGCAUUGUUUCUAUCACUGACGUGGACUUCAGCUAUCAGAACGAGUUCCUAGGCUGCACAGACAGACUGGUCAUUACACCAUUGACAGAUCGAUGUUAUAUCACUCUUGCACAGGCACUUGGCAUGUCUAUGGGUGGGGCACCGGCCGGACCUGCAGGAACAGGAAAAACAGAAACCACCAAGGACAUGGGUAAAGCUCUAGGAAAGUAUGUUGUGGUCUUUAAUUGCUCUGAUCAGAUGGACUUCCGUGGUCUGGGCCGCAUCUACAAAGGCCUCGCCCAGUCUGGCAGYUGGGGCUGUUUUGACGAGUUCAACCGUAUUGAGCUCCCUGUGUUGUCCGUGGCUGCACAACAGAUCUACAUCGUGCUGACAGCAAAGAAAGACAGGAAGAAACAGUUUAUCUUCAGUGAUGGAGAUGUUGUGGAUUUGAAUCCAGAGUUUGGGAUAUUUUUGACAAUGAAUCCCGGUUAUGCUGGUCGUCAAGAGUUGCCAGAAAACCUGAAAAUCCAGUUUCGAACGGUUGCCAUGAUGGUGCCUGACAGACAGAUCAUCAUGAGAGUAAAACUCGCCAGUUGUGGUUUCAUCGAGAACGUGAUCCUGGCCCAGAAGUUCUACACCCUGUACAAACUUUGUGAAGAGCAACUGAGCAAACAGGUUCAUUAUGACUUUGGUCUUCGUAAUAUUCUGUCUGUGCUGCGUACUCUUGGAGCAGCCAAACGAGCUAACCCUCAGGACAGUGAGUCCACAUCAGUCAUGAGGGUUCUAAGAGAUAUGAACUUAUCCAAACUGGUCGAUGAAGAUGAACCAUUGUUCCUUAGUCUCAUCAAUGAUUUAUUCCCUGGUAUUGUCCUGGACAAAGCUGGUUACCCUGAACUAGAAGGAUUCAUACAGAAAAAUACCGAAGAAGCAGGUCUUAUUUUCCAUGCUCCUUGGGUGUUAAAGAUCAUCCAGCUUUACGAGACCCAGCGUGUACGCCAUGGUAUGAUGACACUAGGGCCCAGUGGAGCUGGUAAAACCACUUGUAUUAACACCUUGAUGAAAGCCAUGGGUGACUGCGGUCAACCUCAUCGAGAGAUGAGAAUGAAUCCAAAAGCCAUCACAGCACCCCAGAUGUUUGGCAGACUAGAUGUSGCUACUAAUGACUGGACGGAUGGGAUCUUUUCUACGCUGUGGAGGAAGACACUGAAGGCUAAGAAAGGUGAAAACAUCUGGAUAGUGCUGGAUGGUCCAGUAGAUGCCAUCUGGAUCGAGAAUCUAAACAGUGUCCURGACGACAACAAGACCUUGACACUAGCCAACGGUGAUCGUAUUCCAAUGUCUCCUCAAUGUAAGAUCGUGUUUGAGCCUCACAACAUCGAUAACGCGUCACCAGCCACCGUGUCCAGGAAUGGAAUGGUCUACAUGAGCUCAUCUGUCAUGGAGUGGAAUCCAAUCCUUAAGGCAUGGCUUAAUUCUCGCGAGCCUCAAGAGCAUGAUGUCUUUGAGCAGCUGUUCUCUGGUGUUUUCGACGAACUAAUCACGUAUGUCUCCCAAAACCUGCACAUGAAGAUGGAGAUCCUGCAAUGCAACGUCAUCAAACAGUGCAUUGAUCUUCUAGAAGGACUUAUACCAUGCAAGGAGGAACAUGGUGUUYUAUCCGCCUCACACCUCAGCAAGCUGUUUGUGUUUGCUUUGAUGUGGGGCGUUGGAGCUCUUCUAGAACUUGACGAUCGAGCCAAGAUGCAAGAAUUUCUCUUAAAACGCAGUGGAUUAGACCUACCUCCAAUAGACGAAGAAGGCAAGAAUACCAUCUUUGAAUAUGUGGUGGAUUCCAAUGGCAAUUGGGAACAUUGGAAUGAUCGUGUGGUAGAUUACAUYUAUCCUUCCGAUUCCAAGCCAGAGUAUUCGUCCAUCUUGGUACCUAACGUGGAUAACAUCCGAACCAACUUCCUUAUCGACACCAUUUCGAAGCAGGGAAAGGCUGUGCUGCUGAUUGGAGAGCAAGGAACUGCCAAGACUGUCAUGAUAAAGGGUUAUAUGUCCAAGUACAACCCUGAACAACACGUCGCCAAGAGCUUCAACUUUUCCUCUGCCACUACACCAUUACUGUUCCAGCGUACGAUCGAGAGCCUAGUGGACAAACGUGUUGGUACCACGUAUGGACCUCCUGCMGGUCGUAAAAUGACUACCUUCGUGGAUGAUAUUAACAUGCCUAUCAUCAAUGAAUGGGGUGACCAGGUGACUAAUGAGAUAGUGCGUCAACUGAUGGAGAUGAAAGGAUUUUAUAACCUCGAGAAGCCUGGUGAAUUUACCCACAUCGUAGACAUCCAGUUCAUCGCKGCCAUGAUUCACCCUGGAGGAGGAAGGAACGACAUUCCUGAGCGACUGAAGCGACAGUUUUCCAUCUUCAACUGCACGCUGCCUUCAAACGCUUCUAUUGACAAGAUCUUUGGUGUAAUCGGAUCGGGCUAUUUCUGUUCUGAACGCUUCAAGCCAGACGUCUGCGAGACGAUAGAGAACCUUGUCGCCUGCACACGAAUUUUGUGGCAGAAGACCAAGGUUAAAAUGCUUCCAACUCCCGCCAAAUUCCAUUACAUCUUCAACUUGCGUGACUUGUCACGAAUCUGGGAAGGCAURCURAACGUGACAGGAACUGAGAUAGACAGCCGUAAGCUCGUGCUAGCUCUGUGGAAACACGAAUGUACCCGAGUGAUUGCCGACCGCUUUACGAAUGAAGCCGAUAGGCAGUGGUAUGAAAARUGCCUAAACAAGACUUUACUUGACUGUCUUGGCGAGGAACCAGCGCAAGAACUGAUGGACGAACCUUAYUUUGUUGACUUUUUAAGGGAAGCACCAGAACCAACGGGAGAGGAAGCCGAUGACGCAGAACUUGAGGCACCCAAGGUUUAUGAAUUGGUACCGAGUUUCGAGUUCUUGAACGAAAAACUGAGCAUGUACAUGACAAUGUACAAUGAGACUGUGAGGGGAGGACAUCUAGACCUYGUAUUCUUUAAGGAUGCCAUGGUGCACUUGGUCAAGAUAUCUCGAGUGAUACGUACCUCGUGUGGCAACGCCCUAUUGGUUGGUGUCGGUGGGUCUGGGAAACAGUCGCUUACCAGAUUAGCCUCAUUCAUUGCUGGCUAYAAAAUCUUCCAAAUAACCCUGUCUAGGACGUACAACGUGAGUAACUUGAUGGAUGAUUUGAAAAACCUGUACCGUGUUGCUGGCUGUGACGGGAAGGGAAUAACGUUCAUAUUCACUGACAAUGAGAUCAAGGACGAAGCCUUCCUGGAGUACCUCAACAACGUACUAUCAUCGGGAGAGGUAUCCAAUUUGUUUGCUCGAGAUGAGUUGGACGAGAUUUCCCAAAAUCUGAUCCCAGUCAUGAAGAAAGAGCUGCCACGUGUACCUCCCACCCAGGAUAACCUGUACAGCUAUUUUAUAUCCAGGGCUCGCAAGAACCUACAUGUAGUCUUAUGCUUCUCUCCGGUGGGAGAGAAAUUCCGCAAUCGAUCUUUGAAGUUCCCCGGGUUGAUCAGCGGCUGUACCAUGGACUGGUUCACCCGCUGGCCCAAAGAUGCUCUGAUCGCUGUCGCAGACUACUUCCUGUCUAAGUUUGACAUCGUGUGCACAACAGAGACUAAGAGUAAUGUGGUGAGGAGUAUGGGUGUAUUCCAUGAUAUUGUGGCUGAAACAUGUACUGAGUACUUUGAAAGAUUCCGACGUCAAACUCACGUCACCCCAAAGUCCUAUCUAUCCUUCAUCGAUGGAUACAAGACCAUUUAUCAGGAAAACAAAUCCCACAUCGGCGAGCUUGCAGAACGUAUGAAGACAGGUCUAGACAAACUAGUAGAGGCCAGUGAAUCGGUCGCCGAGCUGUCUAAGGAGCUUGUCGUUAAAGAGAAGGAAUUGGCUAUUGCGUCGGUCAAAGCUGACAAAGUGUUAGCCGAGGUGACUGUUAGUGCCCAGGCCGCCGAAAAAGUCAAAGUAUCAGUACAGAAGGUCAAAGAUAAAGCACAGGCCAUUGUAGACGAGAUCAAUGCAGACAAAGUUAUAGCUGAAGGAAAGCUCUCUGCUGCAAAGCCAGCUCUGGAGGAAGCAGAGGCAGCUUUACAGACCAUCAAAGCUGCUGACAUAUCUACUGUACGAAAACUGGCCAAACCGCCUCACCUGAUCAUGCGCAUCAUGGAUUGUGUACUGUUAUUGUUCCGUCGAAACAUUUCUCCCGUUGUGUUUGAUCCAGAACGAGUGUGUGUUAUCCCCAGCUGGAGUGACGCCCUUAAGCUUAUGAGCUCAGGGAGUUUCCUCCAAACCCUGAUGAACUUUCCGAAAGAUACCAUCAAUGAAGAAGCUGUYGAGCUCCUGGCACCUUACCUACAGGCACCCGAUUACACACUGGAAACAGCCAAGAAGGUAUGCGGUAAUGUUGCUGGACUGUCUUCCUGGACCAUAGCUAUGGCUUUUUUCUAUGGUGUCAACAAAGAAGUCUUGCCAUUGAAGGCUAACCUCGUAGUACAGGAGGCCCGUCUCAAGAAUGCCAUGGCAGACCUCAACAAGGCACAAGCUCAACUUGACGACAAGCAACGAGAACUUGACGCAGUCCAGGCUCUUUAUGACAGCGCUGUCAAUGAGAAACAGACCUUACUGGAUGAUGCUGAGUCAUGUAAGAACAAGAUGGUGGCUGCGUCUGCUUUGAUCAAUGGACUAGGAGGAGAGAAAGUAAGAUGGACUCAACAGAGUAAAGAAUUCCAGGAACAAAUUGGAAGGCUGGUCGGCGAUGUGUUGCUGGCAACUGGUUUUCUCUCCUACAGCGGACCUUUCAACCAGUCCUUCCGUACUCUGCUGACCGAAAGAUGGCAAAAAGAAAUGCUGGAAAACAAGAUUCCUUUCACCAAGAAUCUCAACUUAUCAUCCAUGUUGACUGAUGUUUCUACGAUUGGUGAAUGGAAUCUAGAAGGGUUGCCUAGUGAUGAACUGUCCAUUCAAAAUGGUACCAUUGUUACCAAGGCAACGAGGUACCCUCUUCUCAUCGACCCCCAGACGCAGGGCAAGACUUGGUUACUUAAUCGCGAGAAGAAGAACGACCUACAGGUGACGUCUCUGAACCACAAAUACUUCCGUAAUCACCUUGAAGACGCUCUGUCCCUUGGCCGACCACUACUGAUCGAGGAUGUCGGCGAGGAGCUUGACCCUGCACUGGAUAAUGUCCUGGAGAAAAACUUCAUCAAGUCUGGCUCUACGUACAAGGUUAAAGUCGGGGAUAAAGAGUGUGAUGUGAUGAAUGGAUUCAGGAUGUAUGUUACCACCAAGCUAGGUAACCCUGCUUACACACCAGAGAUCAGCGCACGUACCGCAAUCAUCGAUUUCACGGUGACAAUGAAAGGAUUAGAGGAACAGCUGCUUGGUAGAGUCAUCAACACUGAGAAGCAGGAACUUGAGGCCGAGCGAGUGAAGUUGAUGGAGGAUGUAACUAGCAAUAAGAGAAAGAUGAAGGAACUUGAAGACAACUUGCUUUACAGGCUCACCAGCACUCAGGGUUCCUUGGUAGAAGAUGAAUCCCUCGUGGCUGUACUGAAGAUCACAAAAGAGACAGCAGAAGAAGUCAGUGAGAAGCUCGCUGUAGCCGCAGAGACGGAGACCAAGAUCAACCUGGCUCGCGAGGAGUUCCGUCCGGUUGCUACUCGAGGCAGUAUCUUGUACUUCUUGAUCGUUGAAAUGAGUAUGGUGAACAUUAUGUACCAGACAUCUUUAAGACAGUUCUUGGGUGUCUUUGACUUGUCCAUGGCAAGUAAGACCACUGUAAAGACUUUCAUGCUGCUACGGUAUCGUGAAACUCAAAUGGUCUUUCUCUGAACCAAUCGAAUGCUAGUAAAUGAGCAUCAUUACUAUGAUAAUAUACAGCAAACGGUACGUUUACGGCCCAAAGAUAACAACUUCAGAUGGACCAUUCAUAGUGGAGCCGCUUUGGACCUGAGGGCCUGUCCUCCGAAGCCAUUCAAAUGGAUAACUGACAUGACGUGGCUUAACUUAGUAGAGCUUAGCAAGUUACCCCAGUUUUCAGGCGUUUUAGAUCAGGUUCGUCGUAACGACAGUGGAUGGAGGGGUUGGUUUGAUAAGGAUGCACCUGAAGAGAACCCCAUUCCAGAUGGAUAUCAGACGUCUCUUGAUACGUUCCGCAAGCUAUUGCUCGUAAGAUCUUGGUGUCCCGACCGUACCCUCCCACAGGCACGUAAAUACAUCGCCGACACGAUGGGAGAGAAAUAUGCUGAAGGAGUCAUUCUCAACCUUGAAGCCACUUGGGAAGAGAGCGACAUACAUACACCAUUGAUCUGCUUCUUGUCUAUGGGAUCUGAUCCCACUGGAUCCAUUGAGUCGUUAGCUAAAAGGAAGGGAUUCGAAUGCCGUGCGGUGUCCAUGGGACAAGGUCAAGAAGUACAUGCCCGUCGCCUGAUCCAGCAAUCAAUGGCCGGUGGUGGCUGGGUGUUGCUACAGAACUGCCAUCUUGGACUGAACUUCUUGGAUGAACUGUUAGAGACUGUCACGAACAUUGAACACGCACAUGAGACUUUCCGAGUCUGGAUCACCACCGAGGGUCACCCACAGUUCCCCAUCAGCUUACUGCAAUCUUCCAUCAAGUUUACAAACGAGCCGCCACAAGGCGUGAAACCGGGUCUGAAGAGAACCUAUGCAGGGAUCACUCAAGAUCAACUGGAUAUCAACAAUAUGAUGCAGUGGAAGCCUAUGUUAUGUGCUGUGGCAUUCCUGCAUACUGUAGUACAGGAAAGGCGCAAGUUUGGUCCGCUUGGUUGGAACAUCCCAUACGAAUUCAACCAGGCAGACUUCACGGCUAGUGUACAGUUCAUUCAGAACCACUUGGAUGAUGUGGAUCCUAAAAAGGGUAUUUCCUGGAACACUGUACGAUAUAUGCUGGGAGAGGUACAGUAUGGUGGCAGAGUAACCGACGACUAUGACAAGAGGUUACUAAACACUUUUUCAAAGGUAUGGUUUGGAGAGCAUAUGUUUGUCGACAGCUUCAACUUCUACAUUGGCUAUCCCAUCCCUAAGUGCAAGACCUUGGAUCAAUUUAUGGAAGCCAUCCAAGCCAUGCCAUCCUCUGACACACCACAAGUGUUUGGCUUGCAUCCUAACGCUGAUAUCACUUACCAAAGCAAUACUGCCAAGGAAGUACUCGAUACAAUCAUGAGCAUCCAACCCAAAGACAGUGGGGGUGGUGGCGGGGAGACUCGAGAGAGUAUUGUCAUGCGUUUGGCAUCAGACAUGCUGGAGAAGCUACCGGACGAUUACAUUCCACACGAGGUACGAGCUAGACUGCAGAAGAUGGGAGCCCUGGCAUCCAUGAACAUAUUUUUACGACAAGAGAUUGAUCGCAUGCAGCGAGUCAUCACCCUUGUCAGACACACCCUGACUGACCUCCAGCUUGCUAUAGAGGGCACCAUCAUCAUGAGCGAGAACCUUCGUGACGCACUGGACAACAUGUAUGAUGCCCGGGUACCAGCCUUAUGGAGGAAGAUUUCCUGGGAAUCUUCCACCCUUGGGUUUUGGUUCACCGAGCUGAUCGAGCGCAACACGCAGUUCUCCGCCUGGCUAUUCCAGGGUCGUCCCAAUACCUUCUGGAUGACCGGRUUCUUUAAUCCACAAGGUUUCCUUACAGCCAUGAGACAAGAGGUAACACGUGCUCACAAGGGCUGGGCCCUAGACUCAGUGGUACUCCAUAAUGACGUCAUCAAACAGAUGAAAGAGGAUAUUACGUCACCACCAGUUGAGGGUGUGUAUGUAUAUGGCCUGUUCCUUGAUGGAGCCAGUUGGGAUCGUCGUGGCUGUAAACUCGUAGAGUCCCAGCCUAAAGUGCUGUUCACCCCUCUACCCGUGGUCCAUGUGUAUGCAGUUAAUUCUACAGCACCGAAAGACCCACGCCUGUACCAGUGUCCUGUCUACAAGAAACCACAGCGUACAGACUUGACUUACAUCACCCCCCUGUGGCUUAAAACGGUACAAAGUCCCGAUCACUGGAUCAUGAGGGGUGUGGCAUUACUGUGUGAUAUCAAAUGAUACCUUUUAACUACUCGUUUUCUUCUCUCUGCAUUUCGUCAGUUUUUGAGCAGAUUUUUAGUAAAGUCAUGUUCGAUUUAUUUCACCUAGUACUUUCUUCCAAAAAAAGUUGUA